UAAAGGAAGGAAAUUAAGUAUAGAGUGCACCUUUCAAUGUAUCAGUAUGAAGAAAAUCUAAUAACUUAGUAAUAUAUUAACUGAAAUAAAAAGGGGACCACAAGGUGUAAGGAGGUUAUGCACAUCUUUCCUUUCUGUACUCUGUGAAACCGAACAGCGUUUUCUUCUACAGGAGCCAGUGGAAGUCAUUGAGACAAUGACACCAGAAGAGAUAGAUGCUUGGGAACAGGAGGAGCUGGAAAAGGAUGUGUGCUUUGAAUGCUGCCGCAUAGACCCUUCCCCUUUCCAACUGGUGGAGAGAACCUCUCUGCACAAGACACAUACAUUGUUUUCAUUACUGGGCCUCAGCCAUGCCUAUGUGACCAGUAUGGGGAAGCUGAAGGGAGUGCUGGCUUUGGAAGAGCUUCAAAAGGCAAUAGAGGGCUCCACACGCUCUGGAGUUCGCCUCCGCCCUCCCCUUGCCAGUUUCCGUGACACAAACAGGACUUCAAUCAGCGGUGAAAAGGUCAGCCAAGGUGCUCAGGUGUGGAGCCAGCAGGACAACAGCAUGGUGGCAGCGCAGCAAGCAGCAGACUUGGGGACAAAGAGCACACUGCCUCUCUACUCACACUCUCCACAGCCCUCUCACUUACAUGAUGAAGGGGAAGGCCUAUGCUCCAAUUAUGCCACCGAUACAGAGUUGGAAGAGAUGGAGCUGACAGGACCAGUUAAUGAAAACAUCUCAGAUAUCUUGAAGGACAUCAGCCUACACACCACUGAUCUGGAUGAAGAUGAGGAUGAAGAUGUCCCCUUAUAAGUGGUGUGAGGGCAUAGCCCAUCGUGUUGAGCCAGUCUUGCGUAUGCUCCUCACAGCUUUUGGAUGCUCUUUGUAAAGCCCAUAGAGAAUUGAUUCAGUUGGGGGAAGGAACAUAGGACUUAACCUUUUUUUCUGCUGCUUUAUAUCCAAAUACCAGUUGGGUUAUUGAGCUGUGUACAGGAGUCAGAUGUAGUCUGCAAGAUGACUAAGGGCAGGCUCAUAAUGUUAAAGGCCUCUGCUUUCACUUGUGGUGAGCAAGUGUCUACAUAACAGGUCAGAAAGGAUCGUAAGAGGACAUGACUAUUACUGGACAUAAUCAGGAUGCCCUUGGUCAAUCCGCCAUAUAGAAAGUGGAAGAAUUGCAAAUCUUCUCCAUUGGUGUCAUCCUUAUAGUCACAUCUGACAUGCAUGCACCAGUGCAAACCAGAUUCCAGCCAAGAAGUGUACUGCUGCUUCUGUCUGCAGUCCUGUCUAUGUUGUUCCUUUUGGCUAGCUCUUAACUUGCAUCCCCCAAAACAUUCCCAUCUAGAACAUUUUUCGUCUUUCUUAAUUUUUAUUCUGGGAUCUUCCUGGGUGGAAGUUAGAUGUUUCGCUGCUGACCUUUAGCAGAGCCAUACCCUAAAAUCAGGUGGAAGGAAAAUACUUGGUCUACAUCUUAUGUCUUGAAUUCAGCAGGGCUCAAAGAAAAGCACUGAAAGUGAGGAAAGCCUCUGUCUUCCCAGCUCUAGAAUUUUUAAGUAGAAUGUGAAAAUCAUAAAUGGGAGCAUCCUCUGAUGGAGGGAGAGGAGUAAAACAUCAUGUACGCACCUAUGUUUCAACAACUGUGUCUCUCAAAACCACUGUUGGAAUUUUUAUGAAGUUAUAGUCUUAAAAUACAAGAACUUAAAACUUAAAAAAAUAAAAAAUAAAAAAAAUGGAGUGCCAAGAAAUACAGGAGGGAAGUCACAUUUUCUAUGCUUUGGAAA